AUGUUGGUAGUUGAAUACGGAGGUGAGCUUGAGGCGUCGGCUCAGUGCAAUGAGAAAGACGAGCGUUUGACUCAGCUAGAGACUGAGUUGACCAUAUUGUCGAAGCAGUUACAAGCCACUGCGACAAAGCCAAAUGACUUUGAUGCAGGUGACGAGAUAAACUCAAUACGCACCGAAAAUUCAGUUCUUAAAGAGCGCCUGACAGCUUAUGAAAUGCAGCUUGAGGAGCUUCAAUCAAAGCAGUACGCCGAGAUGGCCGACAUUAAGGAAGAGAAGCGCGUAUUGAUGAUUGAGUUGUCUGCUCUGAAGAGUAGUAAGAUGGGGGUAUUAGCUCAGUGCGAAGAGAAGAAUAAGCGUGUGGCUCAGCUUGAGAGUGAAUUGUCGUUGUCUUCGAAGCAGCUACAAACCACCAUUGCAGAGCUAGAGAUAUUGACUCUGAAAACAGUCAAUAUGCAAGAAGCAUCUCAAACCGAGAAGUCUGUAUUUCAAGAGCGUUUGUCGGCUCAAAUGUUGCAGUUGGAAGAGCUCUACGCAAAGCAGUACGAUGCUGCAACUAUCACCGAAAAAGAAAAUGUGAUGAGAAUAUAG